AUGGAUAAUCAGCAGCAGAGUAUAUCUGAGGAUAUCACUGGUGAUCUGGCCGCUGCUGUGAGGAAAUCAUGGUCUGAAUCACAAGAUAAUCCACUGUUGUUAAACUUUAAUAAUUCUCCCAUAGGUACUCCCACUGGGAGGUACUCCCCUGAACCAGAAAUGAUGAUGGAGGGAAAUACAAUGAACCUUUCAUCUCUUGCAAGAGGGUCGGCACAGCACCAGCAAAGGCUUUAUGGAUCAUCCCAAUCUCGCGAAAAAUCUGAUCAACAACAGCAGGAUUACCAGUUGUUCAAACAUCAUUAUUCUUUGGGGCAGGAGACGAGAGAAUCAGUCUCAGAUAUUCUCAACGAUUUGACCCUAGGAUCCCCGGAACCAAGCGAAAGGGUAUCACCAAUAAAGCAACCGUCGGUGGAUGUUCCACCCCUAACUACGAGGCGUAGUUCUAUCCAGGAUGUUCAAUGGAUAAGACAUUUACUGAACCCAAGAAGUUCAUUUUCUGGUGCAUCUGCCAAUGAACCGGCCAACUCUCCCGGUGAUGUCCUCAAUCAGAGCAGAGCUUGGAUAACAAUACUGCACGAUUCAUCUGCAGAAUCUUUACAGGCUGUUAUUGUGUUAUCAGAGUCAUUGAAAAGUGUCAAUUCCCAGUAUAAUCUUUGGGUACUACAUUCCAGUGAAGUUAACGCCUUUCAAUUGACUCAAAUAGGAAUCAAGACAUUGAUAAUAGAUGAGUACAUCAAUCUAUUCAUGAAUUUCGGGAAUGGCUCGGGUUUUAGUGCAAGUUCACAAGCGGCCGAGACCAAGAGCGAAUUGAAUUUUAAAUGGUGCAAGCUAUUUCUUUUCUUUUCAUUGAUUGAUAGGUUCGAAUUGAUUUGCUACUUAUCGCCCACAUGUACGGUAUUACAAAAUAUUGAUGAACUUCUGGAGAGCACUGAAGUAUCUGAUGAGAUUGAUAAUGAAACAUGUGUUUUGUUAUCGAACAAGGUAAAUUACAUCAACGGAGAUCUCGCUAGCGUAGAGCAAGAUCAAUAUCCCGCCGGAAAUUAUGAUGAGGAUCCUCAAAUAAUUAUCCUGAAGCCAAACAAGGCGGUAGCAAUGUGCAUUAAGGAAUACUUUACUAUCUACGGGAACGAUUUUGAAGGUGAAAGUAAAAGAUCGAUGUUUCAUCAAAUGAACGAUUUACAAAUUAUGAAAGCAUUAUUUGGUGACAAAUGGAGUUAUAUAGAUAGUGGUGGCUACUGCGCUGUUCCAAUAACUAGUGUACCAGCAGACAGUUUGAAUUAUAAGAUAAUCGAAUUUAAAAUCCUGAAGCCCUGGGAAAGACAAAACUACAUCGCUGCUGGUCAACAUCGAGAAUCUAUUAUGAACAAAUGGCUAGAUCUUUGGCGAGACUUCCUGAACCAAGCAAAUUAA